AUGAUGAGAAUUGAAAAAUAUCAAGACAUUGGUACAAAUUUAAAUAGCGUUUCAGGAUUGUCUUAUAUUUCAUUUGAUUGUUAUUUAGGUCAUGGACAAUUAAAUGUUGAAAAUAAUUAUUAUCCACAAAUUUGUUUUGUUCAUAAAAACCUUUUUUAUGAUAGAAUUGGAGAAAUACAAUUUCCUUAUUGUGGGGUUCAGUUAGAACUUACUGGAGCAAAUGGACAAAAAUCAAUUUGUUUUCUUUCAGGUUGUUACGAAACAAAAUACACUAAUGGGAUUACAGAAGAUGAUGCAAAUAGAACAAUACUUACUUCACGUAGUCUUUAUGAAUUACUUUCAUGGAAUAUUUUUGAAAGCACUUUUAUUCCAGUUAUUAUGAGUCCUUAUCCUGUUAAGACUCUUCCAAUCCAAUUAGUUGUACUUCACAGAGAAAACGGAUGUUCUAAUAUUAUACCCGUGUAUAAUACUGAAGUUCUGAUCUAUAUGACAUGGAACACUACAACAAUAAAUAUAGAUAUUAAUGGAACCUUUACUGUUUGUUUGGAAUCGGUAAACAGAUUAAACCUAGUUACCCUAAGCGACACAAAAUUUACUUUUUACCAACCUAAUUUAACUCAAAUCGGUAAACUUCAAAGUUCUGUUCCAAACGCUUUUGUAAGUCCAUCACCUAGUGUAGACUUUCAAUGGUUCCCAACAGAAAAAGUUUUUCCAGAAGAUACUUCAAAUUCUUAUGACCAAAAAUAUCAAUGGAAAAGAUUCUUCUUAGAAGAUAGAAUUGAGGUAUUAAAUAAUUUACCUUUAUACUUUACUCCAACAACUUUUAUUGGCUAUAAAAUGGCUUCUCCAUUUAAUUUUCAUAAAGUGUUCAAAUCUUACACGUCUUUAUUAGUUGUUAAUAGUAGUUAUAAAUUUCUUCGUGGAGGACUUGUAAUUAUUUCACCUAGUUAUUCUUUAAAUUUUGCUUGUCAGCUUCAUUCAUUCAACAUAACAGAACUUCCUUUUACUACUUCUGAUUGUACUUCAACGACUAAAGACUGUAAUAAAUGUGGGGGUUCAAUUAGUUGUGUUUUCAUUCGGCUUGUUGUAUUUAUUGGAAACACUAGAUGUUCAAAGACAAACAAUGCAAUUUAUUAUAAAUUUGAAUCAGGUUCUAUUAUAGUGGAUAUUGUUCAAGUUAUUUUAGAUGUUCAAAAUAAAACAAAUUCAGAAUCUUUUUGUGAUACUAAAAAUUACUUUUGUAAUGGAAAGGAAUGUACUCCUCCUUCUCAGUUGCUUAAUUCUGGUCAUGUUAACUGUACCCAUCUUUGUGGUUAUUGUCGGUCAGGGUUUAGUUGUAAUGAACAAGGGAAAUGUAUUCGAAAUACCAAAGAGAUGUAUCAAGCCAAAAAAAUGGAGUUGUAA